AUGUCUAAGCCCGAGGAGACUCCCGCUCCUGCCACGGACGUCCAGAUCGCCGACGGCGAGAUCCAGUCCAACUGGGAUGAGGUGCACGACAACUUCGACAACAUGGGCCUCGCCCCCGAGCUUCUCCGUGGUGUCUUCGCCUACGGUUUCGAGCGCCCUUCGGCCAUUCAGUCGCGUGCCAUUGUGCCCGUCAUCAAGGGCCACGACGUGAUUGCGCAGGCCCAGUCGGGUACUGGUAAGACUGCCACCUUCUCGAUCGCCAUUCUCCAGCGUAUCGACCCUAACCUCAAGGCCGUCCAGGCCCUGGUGCUUGCCCCCACCCGUGAGCUGGCCCAGCAGAUCCAGAACGUCGUCAUCGCUCUGGGUGACUACAUGAACAUCCAGUGCCACGCAUGCAUUGGUGGUACCAACGUGCGCGAGGACAUGGCCCGCCUCGGUGACGGUGCCCAGGUUGUGGUCGGUACUCCUGGCCGUGUGUACGAUAUGAUCAACCGCCGUGCGUUCCGUACGGACCACCUCAAGAUGUUCUGCCUUGACGAGGCCGACGAGAUGCUUUCGCGUGGUUUCAAGGACCAGAUGUACGAGGUGUUCCAGCUCCUGCCCCAGGACACCCAGGUCGUCCUCCUUUCGGCCACCAUGCCCGAGGACGUGCUUGCCGUUACCAAUAAGUUCAUGCGUGAACCCGUCCGCAUUCUCGUGAAGCGUGACGAGCUCACCCUUGAAGGUAUCAAGCAGUUCUACAUCGCUGUCGAGAAGGAGGACUGGAAGUUCGAGACCCUCACCGACCUUUACGAGACGGUCACCAUUACCCAGGCCGUCAUCUUCUGCAACACCCGCCGCAAGGUCGACUGGCUCACCGAGCAGCUCCACGCCAAGGAGUUCACUGUCUCGGCCAUGCACGGUGACAUGGACCAGCAGCAGCGUGAGGUUAUUAUGCGCGAGUUCCGCUCGGGUUCGUCGCGUGUGCUGAUCACCACCGACCUGCUCGCCCGUGGUAUCGAUGUGCAGCAGGUGUCGCUGGUUAUCAACUACGACUUGCCCUCGAACCGCGAGAACUACAUCCACCGUAUCGGUCGUGGUGGUCGUUUCGGUCGUAAGGGUGUUGCCAUCAACUUUGUCACCGAGGACGAUGUGCGCAUGAUGCGUGACAUUGAGCAGUUCUACAACACCCAGGUCGAGGAGAUGCCUCUGAACGUUGCUGACCUGAUCUAA